UGAGUUAUCUCAGCUGUAUAAUUCUGAGGAUUGGAAAAGUUAUUAUUUAGUCAGACAAACAAAAUUAUUUAAACAACACCAGCAACAGUAAAGAUGGCGCUAACUGAGAAAGAUAAAAUAGUGUUGUCAACUCCUUUUGGAACAAGAGAAAUACAAGUUCUCAUAGGAGACAUCACUAAAUUAAGUGUAGAAGAGAAAGUUGACCUUGUAUUUACUUCUGCAUUUUGUUGUGACUAUAAUCCAGUUCCAGGAACACUAAUUGGAAGCUUAAAACAGAAUCUUAACAUUUCAGUGAAACAUCUCGCCUCAUCUAAGGAACUAGAUUUACGAACACAUUUCUCAUGCUGGGUUUCACAAAAACUGGAGUCAUAUUUACCCUUUAAUCGCUUGGCCUGCUUUGAAUAUGACAGAGGUUCUGGCAAGCUAACAGAACAGCUUUCCCAAAUGUUUCGGGCCAUGAUGCCUAUCUUCAACAGUAAAGAGUCCAGUGUGAUAACUCCCCUUUUGGCUACAGGAAAUCAGGCCCAGUCUUAUACAACAGUAAUGGCAGGAAUGGUGAAUGCUGCAUGUGAAUGGAUCAGGGCUGGGCUACCUCUCCAGUGUUUGAAGAUAGUUUUGUACUCAACCAAUCCGCUAAAGCUGUCAGAACGAGAUGCAAAUUGCUUGAAGCUUUUCAGUGAGCUGAAGCUUAAGUGGAAUGAAUUGGAGAAUAUGACGGAAAUGGACAGUAAGUUGUGUGAUGUUUGUUUAUCUUAUGCACCUGAAGACGAACAUCUCGCCAAGAAUGUUGAAAAAAAUCUGCUGAAGCACAGCUCAGAUAUUAGCAUCCAUUCCGACAUCUUUGAGUUCAACCACAAUGAUGUUUGGCAGAGGCAGAUCUACAAUGUUAUGAAAAGUUCUAAAAAAAUUAUUGUGAUAUUAACUCCAGCCUACAUCGCAUCAAAAGAAUGUCUAGAGCAAUUUAACAUUGCCCUCUGCUGCAAUAGGCUGAGAAAAGAGGAACUUGUUUUACCUUUCUACAUGCAAACUAUAUCAUCCAUUCCAAGCUACAUGAGCAUUGUGCAGUACUUAGACUGUAGAUGUCUCAAACCAGGAGAGAAUGUUGAACAAGUUUUAAACAAAGCCUGUGCUGAUGUGAUAGACUCAGUGAAGCAUCAGCACAUUGACACUGGCGUAGAUUCCAAUAUUGAUGACACAGACAAAGCUAAGCUAGCCAAGAACAAGAAUAUUGUUUACGAUAUUUUCAUUUCCUACUCGCAUCGGCAUGUUAAAGAGCCCAAAGAAUUGGCUCAAAUAUUACAAAAGAAAAAUCCUGAAUUGAAUAUAUUUUUUGAUGUGAAUGAAUUGAAAGCAGGCAAUCUGUGGCAGGAAGCCCUGUAUGAAGCUGUGGACAAGUCUCAUUGUGUGGUCACAUUUUUAUCUUCACCCUACAUACAGUCUUCUACAUGCAAUGAAGAGUUCAACAUAGCUCUGGCCAGACAAUUAGCAAGGGACUCUGUAUAUCUGGUGCCUGUCCUCAGUGAAGAAUUAAAGACAAUCCCCAGAAGAUUCACCUCACUGCCGUGUAUUAGUGUAACACAGGAAAAUGGCAACCUUGACCUUCUGGCAGAUGAACUUGUUCACCUGGCCUUGAAAGCUAAAGAGAAGCCACGUAGCCCAGAUGUAAAAAUAUUGAAGAAUAAACUGCAAGUCAGACGAGGAAUGGAGUUUAAAGAGAAAUUUCAGUUAGAUGGAGGCCAUGUUGUCAGAAAAGUUAUGGCAGCCAAGGACAGCUUAAAAGGAGAGGUUGUAUUCAGCUAUGAAACAGGUCACUUAAAUCUGGCAGCAAUAACAGCUGCUAUCAUGAAGAAAGAAUGCCCAGGAUUGGUCUGUCACCUGCAGUCUACCAACCAAUCAGAGCGAAGAAUGCAUUUAGACACAGCUGAUUUAGUUGUCUUUUUUAUCUCAGACCAGUUUAUAACUUCCCAUCUUUUAGUUGAAGAGUUACACACAGUGUUAUGCAGACAAAAGACUGUGAAAGACAGAACUAUAAUAUAUCUUAUACAGUGUGAUCACAAGGCUCCUGUCCCAUUCUACUUUCACAUGCUGCCUUUCUCUGUGAGCCUUGAUGACAUCAUGUGGCGCCAGUUAGAACGAGCAAGCAGCAACAAGAAUCCUCAGUAUAAAGUUGACAUUGAUGGGAUGGCUGGCACAUAUCGUUGUCUGGCCUCUCAAAAUCUGGCACUGACGGCUGCUGCGCAUGAUGCAGUUUAUGUACUGGCACAAAGUGGUGUAGAUGCAGCUCUUCCAUGUAGUUUGGACAACAUAGUUAAACUGGACAAUGAUAUUUCUGGGUUACAAGAUGACCAGCUAGUGGUACACGAGAUUGCCGUCAAGCUUACCCCCCAGUAUCAUGUGACCAGAAUAGAAAACCCUCUGCUAGACACAAAACAAAAUGGAGACUCAGCAGCCACUCCUCUAAACACAAGAGAUAACAAGAAGGAUAACUCUUCACAACACCUGAAAAAUAAUAGGACUAAACAGGAAACAGAUCUGCAACCACAUGAUGCCAUUGGAAAAGAUUUCCCUGAGAACCAAGGAACUGUUAUUUUAGGUGUAUUUACAAAAGAUGAAACAAAUAAUCAAUCAGUAAAUAAAAAAGCUGAAACAAAUACUAAAUUAGUAGACAUAAAUACCAAAGACGAAACAACUAGGUCUACUAAAACAUACACUACUGCAGAACCAAAGUCACAAAGUGAGAAAAAAUCAACAAAGUUUUGCUCUGUUCUGUAACCAUACAAAUAGAUAUUCAACUUUGUUCUUUAAUCCUCAGGAACUUUAAUCAACAAAGUUUUGCUCUGUUCUGAAAUCAUAAAAAUAGAUAUUCAACUUUGUUCUUUAAUGCUCAGGAACUUUGUUGCCCUGUAAUCCUCAGGAUAUUUUUUCUGUUCUUUAAUUCCAUAAAAUAGAUUUAGAUUUAUAUGCUAGAAAACACAUUUUGUGGUAAUUUUAUGUUUAUUUAAGAUUUUUGAAAAAAGUAACAAAAUUCACUUGUACUACAGAAGAAGUGUUUCAGGUGUUGAAAAGUAAAAUAGGUAGGCCUAAUAGUAAUAGUAAUAACAGCUGCUCAUUGAUAUUAGCUAUUUUACACUAGAAAUUCUGAGCUAUCCAGCAAAAAAUUCAAUUAAAUCAUUUCAUUUAUGCUUUAGCACGAUCACAAAGUACCUAUUAGACCUCAAACCCUUUAUCUUAGGUCAAUUUAGUCAUAUCUCUGACUAAACACAACAAGAUAAAGGGGAAAAAAUGUGGGGUUUUUUUCAUUAUGAAGCCACAUGCAAGUUACAUUUUAUAAAAAUAAAUGUUAUAAAAUAAAAACAUUUGCAUAUCAUAUAUAGGCUACUCAAUUAUACUGUUAAUAUGAUAAAAUUAUUUAUAACCUGUUUUGGUUUUUACUUAUGCCAAAUUCCUGGAUAUUUAACUGUGUUUAUUAACUUUAUUAACUUUUAAACUUAUUAUAUUGUCUUUCAAUUGUUUUCUAUUUACUACAGAUAAUGUACUAUAAAAGGAU